AUGGCCUUCUUGUUCAGUCGUGGUCGAUCUCGACAGCCCUCGGAUGUGGUCAGAUCAAUUAAGGACAUGCUGGGAAGACUACAUGAGCCAUCGAUGAAUGUUAAGGUUGCAGAUGAAUUGACUAAGCUGCUUUCUCAAAUGAAACUCAUUGUUCAAGGGACUCAGGAGAUCGAGGUUUCCUCCGAGCAAGUGCAUACGCUCGUUCAGGCCACGCUGCAAGAAGACUUACUUUAUGAGCUUUCGCGAAACCUUCAUCGCCUCCCAUUUGAAGCCAGAAAAGACACCCAGACCAUAUUCUCUCAUGUCCUUCGUUUUAAACCCGCCCAGAGCAGUCACGCCGAUCCACCAGUUGUCUCAUACAUAGUCCACAACCGCCCCGAGAUUAUUAUAGAGCUAUGCAAGGGGUACGAGCAUAGCCAGAGUUCUAUGCCUUGUGGGACCAUCUUAAGAGAAGCGCUGAAGUUUGACGUGAUCGCGGCUAUCAUCCUCUACGACCAGUCCCAAGACGGUGAACCGGCUAUCAGACUCACCGAAGUCCAGCCAGGCAUACCUCAGACAGGAACAGGGAUAUUCUGGAAAUUCUUCCACUGGAUCGAUAGGGGAAGCUUUGAAUUGAGCGCCGACGCCUUCACAACUUUCAGGGAAAUCUUGACGCGCCAUAAGUCUCUUAUAACGGGGUACCUGGCGACGAACUUUGACCGGUUCUUCGGAAAGUUCAACUCGGUACUGGUGCAAUCCGACUCGUAUGUGACCAAGCGACAAAGCAUCAAACUGCUAGGGGAGAUCCUGUUGGAUCGCGCAAACUACAAUGUGAUGAUGGCAUACGUGGAGAGUGGGGAAAAUCUCAAACUGUGCAUGAAGCUGCUGCGAGAUGAUCGGAAAAUGGUGCAGUAUGAAGGAUUCCACGUAUUCAAGGUGUUCGUUGCCAAUCCCAACAAGUCCGUGGCGGUGCAGCGAAUUCUGAUCAACAACCGAGAUCGACUGCUGAAAUUCUUGCCGAAAUUCCUUGAGGAUCGCACGGAUGAUGACCAGUUCACGGACGAGAAGAGUUUUCUGGUGCGCCAGAUUGAGCUGCUCCCCAAAGAACCCAUCGAGCCAACACGCUCUGGACGCGAAGCAUCUCGACCGGGUAUCAACACGGCGGUGGCCUAA